GUAUUAUAAUAAUGUAAUUUUCAUUUAUUUGAUAACAACUUCAAUUAUAUUAUAUAUAUGUAUGAUUAUGCAUCUUAGAAGUAAAGUAUAUUGAGCCAUAUAUCAAUAUUAAAUGUUUAGGUGUAAGUUAGAAUUUUAAUCUCCAAGCCGAUAAAUAUUUUCUUAUGACCGGUAUGACGGUUCCAGUUUGUUCGUUGAACAGUACAGGUGAUAUUUAUCUAUUAAAUCAGGAUUUGAUUAAUGCAGCAAAUACUGCUAUAUAUUUAAAUACUCAAUUAAAUUCAAUGUAUUAUACAACAUUAAACAUGACAGAAUUAAAUGAUUUUCAAUCAAAUAAUUUACCAUUAUUGGAACAAUACAUUAAUGUACAUGGUACUACACAUAUGUCUUAUUGUUCACGUGUGACAAGUUUUAAAUCCAAUUUUUAUUUACGUAAUAUUUUACAAACUUAUGUACAACCAUUUGUAAUAUUCUUUACAAUUAUAACAAAUUGUUUAAUAUCAAUUGUAUUAAAUUAUCCAACAAUGCGUAAUUCAACCAAUAUUAUAUUAUUAGGUAUAGCUAUAUGUGAUUUAUUAACUGUAUUAUUACCAUUACCUGUAUAUUUAUGCUUUUUAACAAGUAAUAUAUUUUCUGAAAAUUUAACAAUAUUUAAAGGAUAUAGUGUAACUUAUUUAACUACAAUAUUACCAACAGUAUGUCAUACAUCAUCAAUAUGGUUAACAGUAUUAUUAGCAUUACAAAGAUUUAUUUAUGUACAAUUUCCAUUAAAAGCAAAUCAGAUUUGUUUAUGUCAAUGGAGAUCAGUUCAAUUAUUAAUUAUUUUAACUGUAUUCGCUGGUUUAUUAUUACAAUUACCGCAUAUGAUUGUAAUGCAUUUUAUUAAUGCAUUAGAAUAUUGUUUUUUAUCAUCGACAUCCUCAUCCUCAUCACCACUACCACAAUCAUCAUCAUCCUUACCACCAUCACCACCAUCAUCAUCAUCAUCAUCACCUUCACCACCAUCAUUAUCAAUAUCAAAUUAUUUAUUUGAUUCACAAUUUAUUUCAUAUUUAUUUAAUACUACUGAUAAAAUAAAUCAUUAUAAUUAUAUAAGAUUUCAUAAAAUUAAUUUAAUGAAAUGUACACCAAUGAGUCAAACAAUAUUUUUUACAUUAUUAUUAAUACGUGUAUUAAUUGUCAAUUUAAUACCAUGUAUUAUGUUAACUAUAUUAACUGGUUUAUUAAUUAUGGCAUUAAGACGUUUUAUACAAAAUAGACAAAAAUUAUUAAAAAUCAAUAAUAAUAAUAAUAAUAAAUCAAUAAUAUUUUAUAAAAAUAAUAUAAAUUCAUAUAUAAUCAAUAAAAAAUAUAAUGAAAUAAAUCAAUUAGAAAAAUCUGAUCAAUCUAAUCAAAAUGAAAUCAAUUUAUUGAAUAAUCAAUUAAAAUCAAUAAAAAAUAAUAAAAAUUUAAAAAAAAAUCAUUACGUCAUAAUUUAACUGAUACUGAUUCUACAUCCAAAAUGAUGCUUGUUAUAUUGGGAAUAUUUUUAUUUACAGAAAUACCAACAACAAUAUGUUUAUGUAUUUAUGCAUUUAUAACAUUAUUAGAUAUUUAUCCACCAUCAGCAUUUUAUCAAAUUGUUGAAAUCUGUAAUUUUCUGGUGAUAUUAUCUUAUCCAGCAAAUUUUUUUGUAUAUUUGGCUAUGUCAAGACAAUUUAAAAAUACCUUCUGGAAAAUAUUCUAUCAAUUACGUCGUAAUAGUAAUAAUAAUAAUCGUACUACUAUUGAACAAUAAAAUUAUAAAUAUCAAUGUCAACUCAUUUGAAUAUGGGACUCAUUAUUGUUCAUUUUAAAUUGAAUGAAAAGAUGUUUUUGCUUUGUUUUUGUUUUCUUGCCAUAUUAACAGUAAAUGAAUAAAACAUUUUUAUAUACUCUUGUUUAUCUCUUCAUCAGAACAUAAUAUUUAACAUAUAGUUCAAAUGAAUUAUUAUUAUUAUUAACUUUCCUCCUAAUUUCAUUUGUAUACAUUGAAUAAAGCUAUUUGUAUUGACUUGUUUUGAUCUAUAAUAUUAUGAUAAAUUGAAUUGUAUGAUACCAAUUGUUUACUUCAAUAGGUUAUAUAAGAUAAUUUACAGAUUUGUGAUUGGCUAUAGAUACUAGUGUGGUGUGUGAUACUGAUAGUAAUAUGUAUCAUUAAUCAAAAGUGAAAUGCCUAGAGGUAGAAGGUUAAAAAGAAUAAAGAAAAGAGAACGAGAACAAACAAUGAUUGGUGUAGAAAUGAAAGAACAAUAAAGUUUGAGAUGAUUGCUUUAUAUUUUGCAAAUGAAGUAUUUACUGUAUGAUUCUCAGGUUUUACUAAGAUAUUCUGUAAUUUUGUAUUCAAAUACAUUUGAUUGUCCC